GCUGCAGUGCGUCCUUAUGGGCCUGUCGAUCAGAGGGAGUGGUGCACGCGUGCACGUGAGCGUGGUCUCCUCGAUGAUGGAUGCCGGUGAUUUGGAGUUUAGGGGUGAUUUUGGCACGAGCUCCCGGAUACUGGUGGCGGGUAGUACGCUUGUGAUGACGUCGCGCCGCGCCAUUCAAUGCCUGCUGUUUUCUCUCGGUGCGAACUCGACGCUACUGUUACUUGACAACCUCAUUGAAGGGGAAAUUUACGCAGUCUAUUUCUCCUUUGUUGUUGUUGAUGAUGGCGGGAUCAUUAUAAGGGGAAACACGCUGAGGGGAGCGGAGGAGGACGUUCAUUUGGAAUCUGCUUUUUUGCUUGAAUUUGCUGUUGUGAAGAAUGGUGGCUACUUUGGCGUGGAGAACAACACGAUGAGCGCAGGCAGUGGCAUUUAUUUUUAUGGGGAUACCACUGUGAGCUCCGCGGGGUUGCUGCGAGUGGCAGACUGCAUCUUUAUUGGUUUCGCACUGUCUUUUGAUCCCGCGCUGGUGCAUUGGGACGGCUCUUUGACACUCCAGGGCGGUGCGCAGUGGCGUGUGGAGGGCAACGGCGUGAGCGCAGCCUCAGUAAUAGAUAUGCCUAAUUCCUUGUACAAAAUUCAGCUGUCGGACAGCGGCACUACCGUGGUGCUUGCACACAACCGUCAGGCGGACUCGAGUAAAGCCUUUGCGAAAAUUGUUCCAUGGAGCACGAUUGUCGCGUCACCCGCGCGGUUUGUGGUUGGGUGCAACCUGCAGGGCGAUGAGGAGGUGUCGUACGACGGUGUGUUUCCGGAGGGCGUGGUGGUGUUCGGGUGUGGCACAUGCAACGACGACGCGGCGUGCUACAUGCCCGGGACGGAGUCGGUGGACCGCGGCUCGUGCUCGUGCAGCUGCAAGGACGGAUGGCAUGGCGCGUCGUGUUUUCCCCUCGAGGUGCCCGACACGGUUGUGCUCCCCUUGCCGGAGAGAGCCGUUGACGGCGACACGAGCUGCGUGGUGAACCAGACGCUGACGAACCUUGCGGUAAAGAUGUGGAGGACGCACCACUGCUACGCGGGUGUGACAUUCAGCGGCGUGGGCGCUGUGCUGACGUUCUCCCUCAAUCGGAUGCCGCUGCAUCUCCCCAUCAACAUCACGCUUACUGGGUGCACAUUCCUUUACGGGGCUGUGCUGCAGUUUGUUGGGGGUAAUGAGGCGUCCGAGUCAGCCGGCGUCCUGAUCCGCGUGAGCCAGACGGUGAUGCGGUCCUCCGUUGCUUUGUUUGCAUUUGCCCUCCCGCAGCACUGCGACAUUGCCGUCACGGACGUUGACGCGGUGCAGUUCUCUGAGGUCCGGUUGCCGGAAUCUGCGAACAACAUGUGGAGCGUUGUGAUGCUGAAGAACGUAGUGUUGAGUGCGUCCUCGCUGUUGGUCAGCAGCGUCAAGGCGAAUGCACCGAGGCACGGCUUGUUUGGUUUGUACUCGACCGGGACACUGACGCUGGUGGGUGGCAGCUCGCUGUACGUGCGGUAUUGCAGCUUCGGUGGGUACACACACCUGUUCUGCGUGCACAUUAUCGGUGUCAGUGAUCACUCUGUUUUUGCGCUGCUCAACAACACAAUGGACUCCGGGACAAGCUUCUUGUAUCAGAAGCAAAAAUUCAGCGUGUCGGAUCACGGCGUGCUGCGCGUGGUGGGAAACAGCGGUCCUGUGUCCAACGCCAUCUAUGCAUCUAACUCGUGGACCGUCCAGCGGUCAAGCUGGCUGGAUUGGCGCGACAACGACGUGGGAGUGGGUGCGAUGUUGUACUACUCCGCCUUUUCUGCUAUGAGCAUCGGCAACAACAGUGUGGUGACGCUGACGGGCUGCAAGAUGGGCUCGACGGGGUUGUCGAGGCCUCUGCUAUCGCGUGCUGCCGCCGGCUACCGUUUCGUUGCUGGGUGUCUGACGGUCGCGGGACGUAUGGUGACGACGGCGGCAGAGCUGGAAGUGAACGGCAUCAACAACGUGACGACGGUUGCGGUGUGCGGUGAGUGCACGAAGGAGGGCGACUGCUUUGCUCCGCUGACGACGUCGGUCAUUGACUGCAGGUGCCAGUGCGCUGCUGGAGGGCACGGCGAUGUGUGCGUCCCGGUGCCUGUGCCUGCUGGCCCGCCACCGCCGCCGCCGCCGCCAGUGUUGCCCACGCCGCCACCGCCGCCAGUUGGUGAGUGCAUCAGCGACAUGGUGUACCCCGAGGUUGCGCAGGCUGUGGGCGGCGGGCUGUCGUGGCUGUGCUACCGCAACGUGACGUUCAGCGGGGGCGGCAUGAGCCUGACGGUGCUGGUUGGAGCGAUGACGGGCGACGUGGCGAAUGUCAGGUUUGAUGGCUGCACGUGGAGGGACGGCGCCGUGCUGUUGCUGUUGGGCAACGCGCACGCCGCUGUGGGGCCGCUGAACAUUGUCGUCAUCGGCAACACUUUCCGUGACGCGCUGCUCAGCCCGGUGGGUGUGUUUCCGCCGCGCACGAACAUCACGAUCAGCGGGAACCGCUUCACGGUCACGAGACUGAUCCCUCGGUCAGGUUUGGACCUUAGGAGGCCGUCGUGUGUUGCGUUGAAUGGGCUGGCGAUCAGCAAUGACUCCGCGGUGGUGCUGAGCGGCAAUGUGUUUCAGAGCGUGACGGCAUCGUCAAGCGCCAUUUACGUAGUUGAGUCUUCUCUGAGGGUGUCGUGGCACUCCGUGUUUGCGGUGAUGGGCAACACGUUUCAUAUGGCUGGCGGUGACGGUACGCUGAUAUAUCUUGCAGGGUCUGGACAUUUUUUGUCGCUGAGUGUACUGAACAACUCUGCCGUGGUGAUCCGAGGCAACGUUGUGACGAGGCCGGUGCGGUACUUCAUUUUAUUUUUUGGGACCUCACGUGUGGAGUCCCAGUCCGCGGUUGUGUUUCAGGGCAACGACAUGCAGGGAAGCUUAGUUGUCCUUUAUCCAAGCUACUCCCCCAAAAUCUACUACAACUCUUGGCUGCAGUUGAGCGACAACCUCUGCCGCGUGUCCCCAUCCAAUGCCUUUGCUGUUUUCAACCCCACGGUGAAUCUCCGCGACUCCACGUUGUCGGUGUCCGGCAACCAAUUCAUGUCCAGCACAGGCACGCCGAAAGCGUUACUGAUAUUCAAAAGGCCCCGAGAUCUCACGAACGGAGCGAUUGUGGCUGCUUGCAACACUGUGAACGGCGAAGGGGAAGCGAAGUACGGCAUUCCGUCCGUGUACAAUGCCACCAUUCUGACCUGCAGCGAUCCAUGCACUCUUGCGGCGUCGUGUUUCCCUGCGUACACGACGACGGUCUCGAGUGAUGGCUGCGCCUGCACGUGCGCUGAGGGCGGCCAUGGCGAUGCGUGCCUGCCCGUCGCUGUCCCCGAGCCACCGAACACCGACGGCGCCGACCUUUGCGUGCGAGACGUGCGUGUGGGUUUGGAGGUGAACGUCAGUUUUGGGACGUCGGUGGUGUGCUACGUUGGUGUGACCUUCGCGGCGGACGUCGUGGUGGAAGUGGAGUCGAUGACAGGGAGCGUGCGCAACGUGACGCUGGCGAACUGCACGUUUUUGGGCGGUGCGAGCCUGUACGUUUUGGGGUGGCGUUCCGACCCGCCUGCUGGACAGCGCGCCGAAGUGUUGAUCAGCGGGCUUGAGUCGCGCUCCGGCGGCGGCGUGCUGGUGGCGAAGCGAUACCCGCCGGGCUCGCGCGUCACUGUGGUGGACUCGGUGCUGAUCGCAGAGAAGCGUGUUGCGUACCGCGGAGACCACGGCCUUGGCGACGCCUCCGCGUGCCUCGUGGUGCACAGCGUGAAUCUGACUGGGAGCGUGCUGACCAUUGCGCGCACGCACGUGGCGGCGGUGUUCCGCGACGCUGUUGGCGUGUUGGUGGUUGGCGGCGUGGCGCUGUCGUCGCGCGGUGCGCUGUACGUGGACGGGCUGUUGGUGCAGACGGCGCUGGGACUGUGUGUGUCGGUGGAGGGCGGUGUUGCGGCCAGUGGCGGCUCCGUGGUGGCGUUUGUUAACAGCGACUUCCUGCUGUGCAAGCACGCGGUGUCUGUGCGUGGGGCUGUGAGCGUGUCGGGCUCUAUUGUGGCAUUUUUGCGGAGCGACUUUUUGUCGGCGGAGGACUACGCGGUGGCGUUUUAUUCGACGGUGAGCCUGGGUGGCGGGUCGAUGCUGCUGGCGAAGGACAACGUGCACGACGGUGCCUCGAGGGAGAUGCUCUACGCCGCUGGCGCCGUGACCGCUGCUGGGAGCACGCUGAGCUUUGUGCGCAACCGAGCGGUGCUGCCGCGGAUGCUGUCGCUGAGCCUGUCGCUCUCGGCUGGGGCGCAUUUGAGGGUGGCGUGCAACGACGCUGGUGGGCGUGUUCUGUCGACGGCGGAGGAGUACGCAGCGGCUGGUUUUGGCGACGCUGGGAGCAUCGACGUUUUUGGGUGCGACGCCUGCGACAGGGACACGCACUGCUACGCGCCCGGGACGGCGUCGGCGAGCAUGAGGGACGGUGUGUGCGUGUGCGCGUGCGGCAGCGGCGGGUACGGCGAGGCGUGCGUGCCUGUGGGAGCUCCCGCACUGCCGCCCGCUGUGGGCACUGCGUCGAGUGUGUUUGUCCGCGAGGGCGUGACGGUGCAGUCGGUGUUCGUUGUGCCUGCCGGCGCGAGCGAGGUGACGCUGCGCUACGUUGUGCUGGACGGCGUGAGUCCGGUGCUCUACGUACCGUGGAUGGCGCGGGAUGGCGUGCGGAUCGUUGUGCAGAACGUGUCGCUGCUGAACGGCGCAGUGCUGUACGUGAUGGGCGGUGGAGCGUUGCGCGGUGCGGGAGCGGCGGGGAGCGACGAGGGCGGGCCGGUGGAGCUGUCGGUGUGCGACGUGGAGGCGCUGAACGGUGCGCUUGUGCUGACCGGCACGUUCCCUGCGGGGUCCGUGCUGACGGUGGCGGACUCCCUGCUGGUUGCCGCGAGGCCGACGCCGCUUGUGUAUCUUCCCGGCUCGCAGUCCUCGCCGUACGCACCGGUGCUGGUGCUGUCGGGCCUGCGGCUCGUGCGGUCCGUGCUGGUUGUGUCUGGCGUUGCUCUCGUGACCGUGAUGACUGGUGGGCGGACGGUGAUGGUGGACGGCGCCGUGCUGGAGCUUGUCGGUGGCGGUGUUGCGCUGGACGCGGCUGUGCUCGGUGGCGAAUAUGCGUUGUACGCGAGUGCGCGCGUGGUUGCGUCUGGGGGCGCUGUGCUGCGCGUGUCGGGGAGCCAGGUGUAUGCCGCGCAUGGGUUGGUGUUCGACAGCGGAGUGGAGGCCAACGCGUCCGCCGUCGUAGUGAACGACAACGUCGGUGCGCUGACGGAUGGCGCGCUGCUUGUGCUGCGGGGGUCGGCGUCGUUUUUGUCCGGGUCGUGGCUGUCGGUGCGCGGCAACAGCAUCCGCGGCAGGCUCCUGUCGGUGCCGUCGUACCCGCGGAGUGUGGAUCUCGUGCAGAGCACGCUGACGCUUUACGGGAACGCCGGCAGUGGGCCUGUCGUGAUGGACGGCACCGUUGCGCUCGGGGGCACCGGCCGAAGGUUCGUCGUUGGGUGCCUGACGCUGAACGGGCAGGCGCUGCAGCCGAUGGAGUACAGGUCCGCCGGCAUCAUCGGGAAAUUCCACCCCGUGGCGUGCAGCGUGUGCGAUGCCGACGUGAGUUGCUUUGCAGCUUCGACGAGGGCGAUGUCGGGGUCGUGCGGCUGCCGCUGUGGUGAGGGCGGGUACGGGCGCGACUGCCUGCCGGUGUACCUGCCGCGCGUGGACGGGUGCAACCGCACGUCUGGCAUGCCGCUGCUGAGCCACACGGCGACGCUGACGGAGACGCGCAGCCCGACGCCAACGUGGACUUCAACAUGGACGCCGAGUCUGGGCAGGACGCAGUACGGGCCGACGGAGACCCUGCAGGUGAAGGAGACGGUGGAGCUGUCGCCCACGCGGACCCCGACGGCAUCGGUGAGCAGCACGCUGUGGUGGAGCGACGUGGCGUGCCCGACGCUCGCCGUGACGACGACGGCGGCUGGAGGAGGCCUGACGCAGAAUGACAUCCGUGGAGGUGGGAGCGCCGUCCCGACGCGGCUGAUGGUGGCGCUGCCGCCGCCGUUUCGGUGGGCACGCGACCCGCAGCUCGGCACGCACCUGAGCUUCGUGCCUGUGUCGACGGCGCAGCCGCGCGGGUUUGGUGGUCCGUGGGGAGCGAUGCUGAGCAACGCGACGUGGGUGCUCAACGCGACGAAUCCGUCCACUGUUCUGGAGCUGGCUGUGCCCGUGCACCGCGGUUACUUCAUUGCUGCCGACGAGACGAUAGUCAUUCGCUGCGACGCUGCGGCGGUGUCCGGCGGCUGCAAGGGUGUGCUGCUUGGGUCCUUCACGAUCAGGUCUGACACGCUGCCCGCCGCUGCCAACGCCCUCUCGGCGAUCACCGGCGUUGUUGCGGGUGCGGCGGCUGUUGCCGUGGUGGUGACCGGCGGGCUGGGCUCCGUCCUGGAGAUGCAGGCACUCGGCGUGUUCGCGAGGAUGCCAUGCGCCUCGGCGCAGGAGCGUGCGAGCACCGUUGCGCUGCCGUACUUCCUGUCGGUGUUCGCUGCCCGUGACUCGCUGUGGAUGGUGGUGGGCAACGCGCUGCUUGCCGCUGUGUUCGGGUGCGUGCACUGCGGUGUGACGGUCGUCUUCCAGCGGUGGCGCGGCGUGGACGCAGCGACUGCGUGGGCUGCGAUGCGCUUCCCGAGCCUGACGUACGUUGUGGCGCACGCGAUGCACCUCGGCAUUUUCUUUGGCUCCGUGCUUGCACUGGCGAUGCCCGGCGCCCGCGUGCAGCACCGCGUGAUCGGUGUCGUUGGCGUGCUGUACGGUGCGGCAUUUCCUGCUGGCGUGUGCUACUUCAUUGCCCGCCACGUGGGCGCGAGCUUUACGAGGUACUGGCAGUUUUCGAGGAAGCCGCUGCACGAGCGCCUGCUGUACCCCGUCGGGUAUUGGCACCCCGCGGCGCAGCAGUGGAUGUACGGCGGCAUGCUGGCGAACAUGAGGGGCAGCCACGUGUACUGGUGCGUGUUCCAGCUGUUGGUGCUGUGUGUGGUGUGCCUGAUUGCUGCUGUGCACCCGCCCGUGGGAGGCUGCCACGUCCAGUACUUCUGCAUGGCGGCUGUGCUGCUUGCGGGUGCGGGCGUGGUUGCCUUCACGAACAUGAUGCGCUCGGCCUUCCUGACGGUGAUGCACACUGCGAGCUUUGUGCUCCUUGCGGUGUUGUGCGUGGUGAGUGCGGCCAACCACCUUGCUCCGAGCGACGGCGGUGCGAGGGCGUACGCGGCUAUCGUGCUGCUGCUGACCACUGUGCUGCUUGCGGUCGCUGUGUACGGUGUCGUUGUGUGGUACGCGGAGGACCGUCACUGGCAGGAGCUGCGCGAGCCGCAGCGUUGUGGGCUGGAGGCGCUGCUACGCGAUGACGAGGAGAGCGACGAGACGCAGAAGCCCCACGACGUGACGUCAUCGUCGUACGCCUCAGGCACCACCGUUGCGUUGUCGUACCGACCACCCGCACCGCCGCGGCCCGUGGCCGGUGACAUUCGCUCAGACGCCCUGAGUCUUUUUGACCGUGCAUCCAGUGCGAGCUGCAGCAUUAAUUAUGUCCCUCUGGACAGGUGA